AUGCCUAUAGUGCCAACGGCCCUCAGAUUCUUUAAGCCCGCUUCCACAGGCGCAGUUGCAGCACAAGCACGAGCAGGAACAGCAGCAGCAGCAGCCGCCUCAGCAUCAGCCACAGCAUUUUUGCGUUCAUCCCAACGAAGAAAUCCGCUUCAGGCCAAGAUGGAUAAGCCACAGACGGUUUUUGUACUAGGAGGACCUGGUGCCGGGAAAGGCACGCAGUGUCAGCUGCUUGCGCAAGAAUUCUCCAUCCCCCACAUCUCUGCGGGGGACUGUCUGCGGGAGGAGCAAGCGAACCCCAAUAGCCCAUACAGCAAACUGAUUGACGACUGCAUCCGCAACGGGCGCAUUGUACCGGUGCGCAUAACGCUGACUCUCUUGCUGAGAAAGAUGCUCCUUGCCGGUUUCAAUGGGACGUUUCUUAUCGAUGGAUUUCCCCGGAACACCGACAACCUCGCAGGAUGGCUAUCAAUGACCAGCUCGGAGAACCUUCCCUCGGAGUUGUCGCGCAUUGCAACAGAGUUUUCUGCCGAGGCUCCUCUGGUAGAGCAGUGCCAGUCGGUUCUGCAAAAAUUAGGGCAUGAUUCGCUCUCAUCGGUCCCCCCAGCAGAUAGGAACAAGGCAGUGCCAGACCUCACGCUAGGGGAGCUAGGACAACAGCUCACAGUACACCCCAGUGCCUUUGGCAUUAUUCCACGCCUCGUGCUCUUUUUCGAGUGCGAUGAAGAGGAAAUGAUUCGCAGAAUACUGAAGAGGGGUGCCACUAGCGGCCGGACCGACGAUAACGUAGAAUCUCUCAGGAAGAGAUUCUCUACAUUCAGGGAGAGCACUAUGCCCAUCGUUUCUCUCUUUGCUGCCACCAACUGUGCAGUCACGAUCAACGCAAACCAGCCCAUUCCAAGGGUGUGGGAAGAUGUGAAGGCCGCAUUUGAACCGAUCGCGACGAGCACUGAACAAGACGCAAGCAAAGUCACAGGGCCCCCAUUAGGGGCCCCCGAGCUUCCCUCCGAAUCUGCAUUCGAAGCCGACCUGACCUACGGCCAGGCCCUGGUGCUUCGCCGGUGUCUGUUUGCCCUGAGGACAGUAGGAGUUGAACUAAGACUAUCAGUUUUGGGUUCUCACAAAGGUACAGCAGUACACCGCGAUAUACGUGCCCCUUCCCUCCCCUCCUCUCAAGCCCUCCCGCGCCGUAGGGCAGCGUCAAACACCUUCCCAUCGGGUGUCUCUGCUCUCCCCAAAUACGCACGCGCAGCCAUAGAAGGUUUGGGUCCAGGAGCUGGAGGCUCACGCCUACUGCGAGCCGAUCGAAUAGUUCUGGCUGGAGGGGAAGCCUCUCUUCGAAUAGAUCUCUUCUAUUCAAGAUGCGGAGUUCACAGCUCUGCUGUUAUUGCUGCUUCCGUAAGCGAGCACUGCCUCGCUGCACGCGUGCCUUCAUUCUGGCUGCCUCCGGCCAGUGCAGUAUGUGAAGAUCCCCGAUUACCCCCGGUGCAAGGCAUAACGUUCAGCGGUCGCGAACUGCGGGCUGCCGCUGCGCUUUGCGACUUCCUGGGAUCGUCUAUCGGCUUAUAUUACCGGACCCCUGGCGUUCCUUUGGUGGCUCUCCUCGGGGAGUGGCGCACUGGACCUGUGAAGGGCUGGGCAGGCCUUCUUUGGACGGCGACUUCGCCGUCAGUUUUUUCCACGGAUGCAACGGCAGCGGAUGCAGCUGCAUGUGGUGCGGAGGUUUCCGGAGGGGCUGACACUGAAGAAGAUGAGGCGUCGUGUUCUGCGUUUUUGGCGGUCUUGCGAAGGCUGCGCCUGAGGCAGCCAACUGCGGCAGCAGCGCCAUCGGAUGCAUUCCCAGAAUUCACUGCUGCUGGUGCAGGAGCAGCAGCAGAGCCAGCACACACUGCGCUGACUGCGUCACAUGGUUUCGCAGCCCUUGAAACGUCUGUCGAGCAGAGUCAAAGAGGCGCUCGGCGAAUCUCCUCUUGCGCGGUAGCAGAAUCUGGAGCAGCGGCAGGCCGGAGUUCGCAGAGGGAGGAUUGGAGCACUGAAGAAUCGAAGGAAGAAGCCUUGAACUUGCACGAUUCGAGAGCAGCACCCGUUCGCAGGGAAACUGACGAUGUCGUUACAGCACUUGCUGCCUCCGUAGGAGCUUAUGCUGCACGGGUUAUGCAGCCUUCCCAGGCGGCUUCAGCAGCAGCACAGACUGCAGAACAGGCUGCAGAGCGAGUUGAUGAUGAGGAAGCUGCUCCCCCGACUCAGAGGGAGAGUGUGGAGGCUUCGAAGACGGAACGAUACACAGAGCAGAUUUCGGGGCCAGAUGGCGACGACAAAUCCUGUAGCAGCAGCGCAGAGAGCAGCAGCAGCAGUCUCUCUUCAGUUUCUGCCUCGGACGUAGAUGCAGCCAAGUGGCUGUGGUGCACUUCUGCUGACGACUGCUGGGAGACCUAA